GCGGCAGCGAGCGGCAGCAGCAGCAGCAACACACAACUCGGCGUCGCACUGUGUCGCGCACUCUCGCAGCGGAACCAGAGACACACAGAACCGAGCAGCAGCAGCAGCAGCAGCAGCAGGACCAGACCGACGGUGUGUGUGGUGUGCAUCAGUAGAGCGCCAGUGCAACGGCAGAGCAGCAGUAGCAGCAGCAUCCGUAGCGGCACAAAAACCAGAAGCAGAUCAGAGAUCAGAUUGAAUGCCGUUCGUGUAGGAGGAUCACGGCAAUAGCGGGAUCGACCGGAAAGAGAGAGAGAGAGAGAGAGAGAGAGAGAGAGAGAGAGAGAGAGAGAGAGAGAGUGAAAUAGAACCGAACCCGACGACGACGACGAGGAUGAUGAGCAAUUAACGCAAGCGAAGAGUGAGAACACACCAACACCAACCACCGCCACCCGCCACGAACCGACAAGCAGCAGUCCUCCACAACAACAACAACAACAACAGCAGCAGCAGCAGCAGCAGCAAAAUAACUACAACCCCGGUUUUUCCUCGGUCAUCCACGGUUCCCUGCUUCCAAAAAAAAAAAAAAGUGGGGAAGAAAAUCUAACCUACCCACCCACCCCGAUCACCACCCCCCCCCCCCCACGGCAGAACGGUCAACUGACAUAUCGCAUCAUGAUCAGCAGCAGCAACAGCAAUAGGAGCAGCAGCAGCAGUAGCCGGAGCAACCGUAGCAGCGAGGUGGCGCGCUGCUGCAAUCCGGGCAGCUCGUCGGUGGUGGCCCCUACCGACCGAUAAAGGGACAGUGGUGUUGUGUAUGUGUGCGUCUUGUAAGUGUGCGCACCCCGCGAGCGAGCGAGCGAGCGAGCGUGUGUUUAGUCUACUGUGAAUGUGAUCAAUCGAAGCUAAGGAAGGGAUAAUCGAGAGAAAAAAACAGAGAGAGAGAGAGACGGACUGCAGGACGAACCGCGCCCACUGCUUGCACAGCUGCAGUGGAGGACGCAAAACGGAGGACGACUACUGCCUCUCCCCCCCUCACCCCCCCUUUCCCCUUUCAUGUGGGUGUGCGAGUGUGGGUGCAAUACUAAAUGCACCGAAAAGGACUAAUUAGCGAUCGCUGCGACAGUUGAAUGAGUGUAGGCGGGCAGGCUCGAUCACCUGUUGCCUCCGGUGCCUGGUUCCGCUCUCUGUUUCUGUGUGUGGGUGUGCGUGUGCGUGUGCGCAUUCGUGGUUAUAACCGAUCGUCACCGAUUACCGAUGCCGAUGCCAGCAUCGCGCGGGAGCAGCCUCGACACCUCGACAACGGUGCAAGACGAGAUCAUCAUCUGGAGUAGCAGCAGCAACAACAACCAGAACCACCACAACAACAGAAGCGGGAGGACAACGGCGACACCGACCAUUUGCCGUAGGAAGUGUCCUGCGUGACACUUUUGUUGAGCCCGCGACGAGGUGCCUUUUGCGACACAACCGAGCAACGCAAGCACGCCUGUGACUGAUCAUCACCAUCACCAACCCCUGUUGUUUAUCAGCAACACGCGGAGAUCGCGACGAUCUCGCGACGCGAACAGUACACGCGGGAGUGCUAAGUAUCGGCAAGAAUCAUUUGUAGCGGGGCGGUGGUGGAUCCCCCGUGGACACACAGGAGCCGACGCCGUGUGUUGCCGUAGUUGUUCGUCUUCUUCUACUGCUUCAAUCAAUCAACUCACCUCCUGUCGCCCGGAUCGGAGGAUCGCUAGGCGCGUGUGUGCUGUGUGCGAAUUAGUGUAUUGGUGUCCAGGUUUUGUUUUUUGUGUGCAGAAGAGAGGAAAAAAAAAACGGGGGUUGUGGAGGGAGUGUUAAUGGUCGCGCCGGGAGCUGGGUGGGGGGUGAUUAGUGUUGAUUAGUGUGCCCGCAGUGCCGAUUUUUGUGAUAACGCGCCCGCGUCCGAGUGUGUCCUGUGCCGGGUGUGGGCUUCCGGUUUGUCCUGUUUUCGUCCUUGCUUCCGGGAUUAAUCCGUGGGGGAGCGUGCAAAACAGGGAGAGAGAGAGAGAGAGAGAGAGCACAAUCAACCGCAGCAAGCUUGCAGAGAACGGAUCACCGUCGCCGCCACACAUCCCCAGGCCUCAACGAUCUCGUCAACUCACUCUUCAAACACUCCUCGCUACUUCCAGUGGCCCCAGCCCCCCCCCCCUGUUGGCCACUGCGUGUGAUAUGAUAUGGUAGUCCUUUGGAACACUUUACGAAUCCCAAGCCAAUAGUCCACCACCACAACAACAACAACAACAACAACAACACCAUCAACAGCAACCGACGUGUGUUACUCUCGUGCGUGUGGUGACGUCACGGACUCAAUCGACGGAAGCAGCAUUCCCGGGAUCAGCUAUCCUUGCCAGCCAACUCCAACAGUGAUCAAUCUUGAUCAAUCACAAUCUUGAUCGAUAUUCCGAGCGCGUGUGUCUGUGUGUGUGUGUGUGAGCACCUACCUCUCUCUCUCUCUCUUUCUCUUUACACACACACACACACCGUACCCCCCCCCCCCACACACACACUCAGGCCAGAAACCUCUCUCACCCCACCUGUCUCUCGUCGGAGGGAAGGUGCGCCAGGACAUCCAGUCAACCAGCACCCCUCCCCACCCCCCACCCCCCAGUCCCCCGAAAGAGUGUGUUUGUGUGCAUCGGCAACAUCAACAGCAGCAACAACAACAACAACAACAACAACAACAACAACAACAACAACAACAACCGCCGCACGACAGCAACUGCAGCAGCGAGUGCCCCAACAGCAUCGAUACUACUACCCCCGCGGUCCCUCAAUCAACCCUACCACACCACACCACACCACCCCACCCCACCCCCCACCACGAUUCACCACCGCGCGCUGAUCGGCCGCCAUAUAUGGAGUUCUGGACAGGUGACGCCCGACUGGCGAGUUACUACUAUUAAGCAGCGUAAGCUGUCACCGACAUGGGCAGUGAUCAUUACUGCUUGAGGUGGAACAAUCAUCAAUCCAACCUUCUCGGCGUGUUCAGCCAGUUGCUUCAGGACGAGAGUCUGGUGGAUGUCACACUCGCCUGCUCCGACGGUGCCACCAUCCGAGCCCACAAGGUGGUCCUAUCGGCCUGCUCCUCGUACUUCCAGACGCUGUUUCUCGACCAUCCGGCCCGGCACCCGAUCGUCAUUCUGAAGGACGUCCGCCUAACCGAGCUGCGCACGCUGAUCGAUUUCAUGUACAAGGGCGAGGUCAAUGUCGAGUACUGUCAGCUAUCGACACUGCUAAAGACGGCCAAAUCGCUCAAGGUGAAGGGUUUGACGGAGAUGACCAACCAGAGCAGCCCGCUGACCGAGCCGAAGCUAGAACCCGAGCGACUGAGAGCACACAGCAGCAGUAGCAGUAGCGGCGGCGGCGGCGGCGGCGGCGGCGGUGGCGGCAGCGGCGGCAGUAACCAUCUUCACCAUCACCACCACCAUCAUGGUGGAAACGGUGCCAGCACCGGUAGCAGCCGCAGCGGGGCACCACUCGCUGCGUCCGAGGCGGUACUACCGACCAACCUGUCCCGGUCCUCACCGACAAUGGCGGCGGCCGUCACCACCACCAGUACCACCACCACCGCUGCUGCUGCCUCGAGCGGGCUCCUCGAUAGUGGCGGUGGCAGUAGCAACAUCCCGAACGACAACAGUUCCUCCUCCGCUACGGCGGUCAGUAGCACUAUCACAAGCAGCAUCACGACCAGCACUAGCAGCAGCCCUGGAGCAGCAGCAGUAGCAGCGACAACAUCACCAACAACAACAACAACAACAACCACCACCACCACCACAACAGCUAGUGAUGGGCUGCAUCGCGCGGUGACAACGACCGCACAAUCGUCUCAACAGCCACCGCAUCACCACCUGCUUCUACAACAACAUCCUCAUCUUCCACAUCACCACCACCACCACCACCACCACACGCAUCACCAGUCGCCGCGUCGAUCCAGCAGCAGUGUCACAAACACGGUAGCAACCACGCUCACCUCACCACCGGCAACUACCACCACCAGUAGCAGCAGCAGCAGCAGCAGUACCAACAACCCGCUACUGUUCAACAGCAGCGGCAGCAGUGGUGACGUUGUAACAGACCUCUCCACCACGAACCAGAACCUGGGCCGAAGUCGUUUGCUGCUGGACGACAGUGACACCGGUGGAUUGGUGGCGGCCGACUGUAGCACCAGCCGGACCAGCAGCAGCAGGAGUCCCGUGGCCACCGACAGUCUGCUCACCUCACCGAACAACCACUGCUCAAAAGCUGCUGGUGCUCUGAACGCCGCGCCCUUGUCGUUGACGCGGAAGCCACAACGUGAUACCGGGAUAGCGUCCUCCUCCUCUUCAGCGUCAACCUCUGGGACAACAGCCGCCAGCGUGGUGGCUGCUCCUUUACCGACGACGAGCUGUACCUCGUCGUUUCUCUCGAUCGCGGCCCUAGCAGCCGGCGGCAGCAGUGGGACAGAUGAAGGCCAUCCGAGGCCCCGGCCGGUGAUACAGAGUCCGCUCCAUCCGCAGCAUCCGGAUCCGGAGGCCAGUGAAGCGACCAGUGUGCUGUCGUCCCAGCUGGCAGCGGCGGCCAUCAGCAGCGAUUCGCUGCACGAAGUGGUGACAGGUGGUGGCAGUAGUACCCAUCAUCAUCAUCAUCACCACCAAGCGUCGCGGCAUCACACGCACCGCCAGCAGGAGGAGCAACGAAGGGGGGACGAACUCACCGAGGCACUCGGACGGCAGGGGACCGAGGAUGAAGCGAGUGAAGCGUUGGGGCUUGCCGUGGGAAGCGAAGCGACGGAUAGCAAGGAAACGCUCAGUGCUGGUGGUAGUAACACUACGCACACCUCCCACACCACGCACACCAGCACCGUAAACAAUAAUAAUCUCGUUCUGACGAUAGGUGGACGGGUGAGUGAUCCACGGCACGGGCCACCGGAACGGUUGCUACAGCAAGACGAAGAAGACGAUGACGAUGAUGAUGAUGAUGACGACGAUGACGACACGGUGGGGAGGAAGGAAGCGGAUGAAGGAGAGGAGAGGCAGCGGCAGGCGCAUCGUAUGAUUGCGGCCAGUUCUACGACCAGCAGUGCGCUUAGUGGCGAGCUACCGGACCGACCGGAGACAGGCAGCACCACCGACCACCACCACCCAUCACUAGCGGGUAGUCCCACCUCCUCCAGCAGUGCCGCGAACCUGCAGCGACUGUCUAGCAGCGAGGAGCAGCAUGCCGUACCACUACCAGCACCACCGCACACUCCAACGCAUUCGCUGUUGUUGCGCGAUGUGGUGAUGGUUUCCGGUGCGACCGCCACGACGGCGGACUAUGACGAUGAUGACGACGAAGAGGAUGAGGAUGAGAACAACCUGCAUGAUGAGGAAGAGGAGGUAGAGGAUGAAGAGGACGAGGAGGAGGAGGAUGCGGUGCUGAUGGCGGCGGCAGCAGCCGCCCAAGAUGCGGCAGCGAGCAGUAUCCGACCGCGGCGUCCCGAAACCACCACCACCACCACAAUCACUCCCCGGGACCGAGAGGAAGAGGACUGUGAUGAGCUGUCGAUGGAGGGUGGCCGCCGGGUCAGUGGGAUCGCUGCCGGUGGACGUGCUGGCGGCCAGGACGAUGACGAUGACGAUGAUGAAGAGGAGGAAGAAGAAGAUGAUGGACCGCACGAUCUACACAUCGGCAGCAGCGGUGGCCCCAGCAUACUCGGUCACAGUCGUCAUCUGCUGCAAUUGUCACACCAUCAUCAUCACCAUCAGCAGCAGCAGCAGCAGCAGCUGGCAGCAGCGAGCAGCGAAAUGGCCGCCGAACUACUGCGAACGGCUGAACAGCAUCAACGGCAGCAGCAGCGGCAUCGCCGACGGCGAUCCUCCGAUGAAGAAGCGGCCGACACACACCAGCGUCGAAGAGGAGGCGAGGGGGAUACCGGUACCGGAAGCCGAACCGGUGGAAGCAACAACAACAACAACAACAACAGCUUCAGCAACAACUCAGAGGACGAGUAUGAGCCACCGAUGAAGAUCAAGAGUGAAGUUGACUUUUCGGCCUUUUCGGGACUAAACAUGAGCCUCGCGGCGGCAACGGGAGCUAGCGGAUCGACUACGGCAGCAGCAGCAGCAGCAGCGGCUGCAGCGGCCGCGGCGGCAGCUGCCGCAACCCUUUCCGCCGCCUUAAACGCCUCUUCGACGGCGACGACGAUGACGACGGCGACGGGUGGAGGCGCCAGUGCCGGUGCCGGUGCACUCCUGAUGGCCACGGACCUGCGGCCCGUUUCGCGUGGUGGCAGCCUAACGGCGGACACGCUACUGGCGGCCACUGGCAACAACACAAACUCCUCCACGGUGGCGGCCAGCGGUGUUGCCUCGUCCGGGUCCACAACCUCCACGACGACAACCGGCAGCAGCAGCAACACCAACAACAGCAGCAGUAGUAGCAACAACAACAACAACAGUGGCACCGGAACCAGCGGCAAAAACGGUGACCGUGACCAACAGCAAGCAGCUCGUGGCUCACCGCAGCACCUUCAUCCGCACCAGCACCACCAACACCAUCACCACCACCAUCUGCAGCAUCACCAGCGCAGUGCGGCGGCUGCAGCGGCGGCCGCCGCCUUGGCCGUCUUCAACUCGGGGCUCGCCAGCCCCGCCCUGGCCAGCGAACCGAUCGCGGGCCCCUCCGGCAUCAUGGCACCGGUCCAGCAGGUCCCACUGUCACUGAAGAAGGAGAUCGAUUGGGAGCGGAGCGACGAAAAGUCGUCCGGUGACAGCUCGCUCGACUUCCGCCAUCCGCACGACUCGAACCUGAGUCAGCUGCUGGCUGGCGGGCCGUACCCGCGAUCCGGCAUAAAAUCGGCACCACCAGCGGCCCCGGCACCGGGCACCAUCGGGUUCGGCUUUCCGGGGGCGACCGUCGGUGCGAUCCCGUUCGUCUUUCCCUUUGCCCCGCUCGGUCUCGGGCUGUUCGAUGCGGAUCCGCAGCGUCUGCUGACGCUGCUCCAGCACCAAUCGGCGCUGGCAGAGGAAGCGCUGCGCUACCGGAACCUCCUGUUCGGUACGGUCGGUACGGCACCCCCGGUAUCGUCGUCGCCCGCCCCAGCGACCGGAUCGGGACCGGAACCGGAUUGUAAAGAGGGCCAGCCGCAGCAGCAUCACCAGUUGCCGAAGACAACGUCAGCAGUAGCCCCGAACAGUAGCAGCACCGGAACGCCACCGAGCACGAUCCGCGUCCGGGACGGGCUAACGAAGGAAGGAUACCGCAACGGGAUGGGUGGGGAGGAGCUGUUGCUGUUGCGGAAGUUACCGAUCCCGGCAUCACCGGAACACCACGCACCUUCCUCCGACAGUGUCGUGUGCGACGAGUCGCUGCUGGCCCCAUUCCGGGAGACACCGGGUGGUGGGACCGAGCGUGACGUACCACCACCCGGUACCAAGUGUCACAUCUGCAUGGCCCACUUUCCUUCGGUGUGGUUGCUGGAGCAGCACUCGGCACUGCAGCAUCCGCACCUGACGCUCCACGACGACAAACCGUACCAGU